CACGAGGUGCUCUGGCGCACCCUGGACCGCCUGCCCCGCACGCGGCUGGGCAAGCUCCGCGACUGCAACACCCACGACUCGCUGCUCGAAGUGUGCGACGACUACAGCCUCGAGGACAACGAAUACUUCUUCGACCGCCACCCGGGCGCCUUCACCUCCAUCCUCAACUUUUACCGCACGGGGCGGCUGCACAUGAUGGAGGAGAUGUGUGCGCUCAGCUUCAGCCAAGAGCUUGACUACUGGGGCAUCGAUGAAAUCUACCUGGAGUCCUGCUGCCAGGCUCGCUACCACCAGAAGAAGGAGCAGAUGAACGAGGAGCUCAAACGUGAGGCCGAGACCCUACGAGAGCGGGAGGGCGAGGAGUUCGAUAACACGUGCUGUGCGGAGAAGAGGAAGAAGCUCUGGGACCUGCUGGAGAAGCCCAAUUCCUCGGUGGCUGCCAAGAUCCUUGCCAUAAUCUCCAUAAUGUUCAUCGUCCUCUCCACCAUUGCCCUGUCACUCAACACGCUGCCAGAGCUGCAGGGCGUUGAUGAGUUUGGCCAGUCCACAGACAACCCCCAGCUGGCCCACGUGGAGGCUGUGUGCAUUGCGUGGUUCACCAUGGAGUACCUGCUGCGGUUCCUCUCCUCGCCCAAGAAGUGGAAAUUCUUCAAGGGUCCACUCAACGCCAUUGACUUGUUGGCCAUCCUACCGUAUUAUGUUACCAUCUUCCUCACUGAAUCCAACAAGAGUGUGCUUCAGUUCCAGAAUGUUCGCCGCGUGGUCCAGAUCUUCCGCAUCAUGCGUAUUCUCCGCAUCCUUAAGCUCGCACGCCACUCCACUGGCCUCCAGUCCUUGGGCUUCACCCUGCGGCGGAGCUACAAUGAGCUGGGCUUGCUCAUUCUCUUCCUCGCCAUGGGCAUCAUGAUCUUCUCCAGCCUUGUCUUCUUUGCAGAGAAAGAUGAGGAGGACACCAAGUUCAAAAGCAUCCCAGCCUCUUUCUGGUGGGCUACUAUUACCAUGACUACUGUUGGAUAUGGAGACAUCUACCCCAAGACUCUCCUGGGGAAAAUUGUGGGGGGGCUCUGCUGCAUCGCAGGGGUCCUGGUGAUUGCUCUUCCCAUCCCCAUCAUUGUCAACAACUUCUCUGAGUUCUACAAGGAGCAGAAGAGGCAGGAGAAAGCAAUCAAGCGUAGAGAGGCUCUGGAGAGAGCCAAGAGGAAUGGCAGCAUUGUGUCCAUGAACAUGAAAGAUGCUUUUGCCCGGAGCAUCGAGAUAAUGGACAUCGUGGUUGAGAAAAAUGGAGAGAAUAAGGACAAAGUACAAGAUAACCACUUGUCACCCAACAAAUGGAAAUGGCCAAAGAGGACAUUAUCUGAAACUAGUUCAAGUAAGUCCUUUGAAACCAAGGAGCAAGGAUCCCCUGAGAAGGCCAGAUCAUCUUCUAGUCCUCAACACCUGAAUGUCCAGCAGUUGGAAGACAUGUAUAAUAAGAUGGCCAAGACCCAAUCCCAGCCCAUCCUCAAUACCAAGCAGUCAGCAACACACAGCAAACCAAAGGAAGAACUUGAAAUGGAGAGUAUCCCCAGCCCCAUAGCUCCUCUGCCCACUCGUACAGAAGGGGUGAUAGACAUGAGAAGCAUGUCAAGCAUUGAUAGCUUCAUUAGCUGUGCCACAGACUUCCCUGAAGCCACCAGAUUCUCCCACAGCCCUUUGAUGUCGCUCCCCAGCAAGACUGGGGGCAGCUUGGCCCCAGAGAUGGGCUGGCAGGGAGCUCUGGGUGCCAGUGGUGGUAGGUUUGUGGAGGCCAACCCCACCCCUGCUGCCAGUCAUCACUCUACUUUCCUCAUUGAGAGCCCCAAGGCUACCAUGAAGACCAACAACCCCUUGAAGCUCCGAGCACUUAAAGUUAACUUUGUGGAGGGCGAACCCAGUCCAUUAGUCCCUGUUCUGGGGAUGUACCAUGACCCUCUCAGGAACCGGGGGGCUGCUGCAGCUGCUGUCGCUGGACUGGAGUGUGCCACACUCUUGGACAGGCCUGUGCUGAGUCCAGAGUCCUCCAUCUACACCACAGCAAGUGCUAGGACACCCUCCCGGUCGCCCGAGAAACACACAGCAAUAGCAUUCAACUUCGAAGCAGGUAUCCACCAGUACAUUGAUGCAGACACAGAUGAUGAGGGACAGGUGCUGUACAGUGUGGACUCUAGCCCUCCCAAGAGCCUUCAUGGGAGUACCAGUCCCAAGUUCAGUGUUGGGACAAGAUCAGAGAAGAACCACUUUGAAAGUUCCCCCUUACCCACCUCUCCUAAGUUCUUAAGGCAGAACUGUAUUUACUCUACAGAAGCAUUGACUGGAAAAGCCCCCAGUGGUCAGGAAAAGUACAAACUUGAGAACCAUAUCUCCCCCGACGUUCGGGUGUUGCCUGGGGGAGGAGCCCACGGAAGCACACGGGAUCAGAGCAUCUGAACUACCCCACAUGAGGGAGAGACUUGGGGUGAGGUCCAAGGAGGAGUGCUGCUCAGCUUACCUGCCACAUAGCUUUUCUGCAUGAACUCUGAAGCAGAAAGGCUCUGCAAAGUCCCCAGAAAGACGAGAGACUCCAGAGAAAGCUCCCUAACACCUUGAGAGUCACAGCAGGUCUAUUGGAAUGAAGUUGGCCAAGCCAUAGAAUAUGGCACCUCCUUGUAACAACUCCACUGCCCUCUUUGGGAGAUGACAUGAGCAGAACUCACAGCCACCACUACCACAUUCUAGACAUAACCAAGGCCACCUACUCCCCAUUCUUCUCUCAUGGCUAUCCAUCAGCCUCUGAAAGCAACAUCUCUGAUCCCUCCUGGCCUUGGCUGGAGAAGGAUGCUGGAACACGUGGCUGAUAUUGAAAAAGUGAGUUGACUAAUUUGGUAUUGGGUGUUGCCUGGCCACCUCUAGGAACCCCUGUCCAUCACCUCCUGGAUGGAUCCCACUGUUAGAGGCUACAGAGAAUGCUCGAGUCAUGGAGAAAUCUCUGCACCAUAAGCCACAAUCCCAGCGCAAAACCCAUACUCAAAUGUCUUCAUUGACUUCAGUAUUUCGUAGUACUUGAGAUUUUAUUUUGAGCUAUCAUCAGGGUGAGUUGUACUACUUAUACUCCAUUCUAAUUGCCCCCUGGCAAUCUGGGAAGGGCUCAGAAGGCAGGCACUCAGCCAACAGUAUGAACUCUGAGCAUUGCUUUAGGGUUGUAGAGGGAAAGCAUUUUCUGUACAUCACUAGUGUAGGCUCAAAAGAUAUGCAAGUGUCAAAUAUGCAAAAGAAAUAGCUUAUUCCAAGAGACUGUAUGUUACUGGAGAACAGAAUAAAAUCUGAUUUUUUUUUAACCUGCAACAAUGAAAGGGGGGAAAAAAAGUCCCCAAUUGAAAUGCCCUGUUCAGACUUUUGAAUACUUCCUGCUGCGGCAGGGAAAGCAUCAAGUAUAAUAGAAAUUCUUUUUUUGUUUCCUGUGGUAUUCAAGUUUUUUAAAAAGUUUAAAUAAAAAGCACUUUAUGUUUUUCAAAAAUAGAUUCUACCAGGGACAGCAUCACCAUCUUGCACUUUAAAAGAAGCACUAUUUCCCGUGGGCCACUUUUUGGGACUCUAGUUGGGUUGUUGCUAUAUGCCUGUGUCCCACCACAGUGGGUGAUAUUGUGCUGGUAUUGCUGUCUGCCAUGUCAAAGUCUGCAGGCACCUUCCUGCCCCUCUGAAGCUUCCCCUUAGCCCUAUUGCAAAGAAGGGUACCUGGCCCUUGAGUGGGGCUCCUCAUAAAGUCACGUGUAUAGAAAACAGGCGCAUCUCAGAAGAAGACGGUAGAUGGUUGGGCAUUGGGUGUUUUCUUGUCAACCAGCUGUCGGUGUGUUUUCAGUGUCACUGUCUGUAUUAAAAGCUCAGCUCCUUUCCGCAGCCAUCAAUGCAGCCAGUACAGACAAAAGCAAUAAGUUCUAGUGUGUUUCUUGGUGUUGGUGUUCCUGUCCUCGUUUGAUGCUCUGACAUUGGUCUACUUGAUUUCAGUCUGACAGCAUGGUGUUGCUGGCUGUUCCUUGGUUCAGUAACACUGGGUUGAGCCACUGGUUAGCGUGAUGCCAUGCUGUGGGCCCAUCCGUCAGUAAAGAUAACAUGUUAUGGACCUGCCUGUUUUUAAUGCAAUGGACUGAUGUUGUUCUCUUAAUACGGUUCUGCUGGAUGAUGUCCCAAAUACAGUCGUGUAUAUCUGUCAGUCAUCAAUUGUGACAGGCAUACGUCUUCCUGAUGGAAUGAAACAUGGUGUUGUUUAGCUGUCCUUCAUACGAUGUUAUUGAUCUGCCUGUUAUUACAACGGCACGAUCCACCUGUCAGUACACAGAUAUCACAAAGUCGUUCUGCCUGCUCUCCUCACAGUGGCAUGAGGUUGGGCCACCUGUCACAGAUAUGAUGACAGGGGGUCAUCCUCCUGCCCUUAAAAAUGUGUAUUCUUUGCUGAAUACGCUCCUGGUUCACACUGCUUCUCAGCAUCUCCAAGGACUGUGGAUCUCUCCAAGAGGGGACAGUCCUGUUCUUUGCUGCGUUAACAAAGAAAAUGCAUGCCGGAGUAUCUUGACUCUUCCAAAGUAUCUUCAGAGUACUCUGGCAGCAAAUGCAAAGGGACUUAAGGGACAAAGAGAGAAUGAGGUCAUCCCGUUCCGGAUGAUAUACCAGAGAGAGGAAGCAGCAGCGCUCCCGGGGGGCUUUGCCGAGAUCUCAGUGUGGGCUGGAGGCCUGUUGAGGAAUGGCCGUGGAACAGUCCUCCCUGGACCAUCUCACGUGUCUCUUCUUUGUUUUCAUCACCAUCUAUGUCCGCCAUCAGCACAAAUGUGAAAAUUCAGGGAAAACAAACAAAUGCUUUUUGAUAAAAGUAAAUAGUUGUGAUUUCUGAUUCAGAUAUUUUUAGAGCUGAUGCUAUCUGUAAAAAUUAAUAAUAAUAUAGUCUAUUUUACAUAUCAGGAAAGUGAACAUGUUUAAAUAUAGCCAUAUAUAGUGGGAAGGAACUUACCACCCCUUCUUCAAACCAAGGCAUUUCAUUUGUUGGUUGAAGCAGACGAGAAGUGUACAGAUUGGAAAUUCUUUCUUCCUUUUUUUAAAAAAACAAACAAAAAACUAAUAACCAAUUGGUGCAACUCUCCUUGUAACCAAAGGCCCUUUCUGCCUUGUGUGGUCACGCAGGACCUAGCCCUUCCUUCCUCCUGUAUUUUGUCUGACCUUAAAGUAGCAUUUUAUUGAGUCACUUUUGAAGGACGAAUUCAGAAGUAUCAUGAAGAACCUACCUAUUCAGGCUGAACAGCCAGAGUCCUAUAGAGUUCUUAUAGAAACAAAAUAAUUGAAACUCAGCAUAUACUAUGCUUAGAAAGUAUUGUGUUCUGUUUUGUUUUUUUUUUUCUUUAACUUGUGGAUGUAUCAUGGGAAUAUAUAUAUAGCUUUUACCCUGGGUCCCAUUCACAAUAAAGUGCUGUGAGUUUACCCAGGCCCCCACCUGCCAGAAAGGAACAUACUGAGAUUUUUAAUAUGUGUACAUUCUACCUGUACCUGUGUACAUGCACUAGGAAAUCUUCCUAAGAAUCUCCACUGAGAAGCUAACCUUGAUCGACGGGUCUUGAUGGAGGACAGGGAAGCAAUAGUUUUGGAAGCAGGUACCACUUUACCUUGGUGGUCCAAGUCCCACCCAUUCCUGAGCCAAUGAAAGCGGGGAGAAAAAACAAAUCAACCCAAAGAAAUGAAACUAGGGACUGGGGGCGGAUGGAAGCCUGGUCCUUUUGGUGAACUCGGUGAAACUUCUCCAGAACCCAGCUGAACUUGACUUUCAACUUCCACCUUUAUCAGAAAGGGCUAGGGACCAGGUAGCUGUGCAUCCCAAUCAACAGGGGAGAGUCUGCGACCAGGGGAAAGAGGUGGGCAACCUCUUUCUCUCUUAGGGUAAAGAAAAACAACAGGAUUUUGGUGCAGUAGAUUUCUCGGUGCCUUCUUUAGGAAUUUUAUCUUAAGCACACUUAAUGGGGAAAGAAAAAAGAGGAGAGAACGUUUGUUCCCGGGGAAGCCCUUUUCUCUAAAGGCACUGGGGAUCAAGAAUGAAGAAAGAGAUGGGGCGGGGGAGGGGGCGGGCAAUAUCCUGAGGAGGCCAUUUCCAUUCAAUCCACCUGGCUCAUCCCUGAGAAUUGCUGGCAAUAUAGACGUCUUCAAACUGAUUCCCAACCUCUCUUCCACUGUGUCUUGGUAACCAUAGCCACAUUUCUGCCCAUUCUCCUAAUAAGAUCCACCUUUCUAAGGAGAAAAAACACACACGAUAGUAUUCUCUUAAGGAAAGCUGUAAUGUAUUGUUGAUGUUUGUAACUAUUGUAUAUUUCUGUCAUGCUCCAUGUUACGGCUGGAGUGUCUAAUCCCGUGGUCGGCAAACUGCAGCUCGCAAGCCACAUGCAGCUCUUUGGCCCCUUGA